CGAAAUUCAUUUGGGAUGUUCUUCACUCUCUCUCAGCUUCUCUUCGACGCUUCGCAGAGAUUUUUCUCCGAACAGUGAAAAUGAAUCCGCCAUUGCUGAAGCUCGUGUUCCUACAGGGUCCAAGGGAAGGCGAAACCCUAGAGUACAAGCCCGGAUCCACUGUUCGGAUCGGUCGAAUCGCUCGCGGCAAUGAUCUCGCCAUCAAGGAUGCCGGUAUCUCUUCCAAGCACCUCCGGAUCGAGUGGGAAUCUGAGAAAUGGAUGGUCCAGGAUCUGGGAUCCUCGAAUGGGACCGCAUUGAACACGACGCCUCUCCCUGCAGACACGCCGUUCGAUCUCCGCCAUGGUGACACCAUCAAGCUCGGUGAGUACACAUCCAUUGUGGUGAACUUUGAAAUUGAUGCUCAGGAAAACGACAUGGUCCAGGAGCAUAAGCUUCCGCCGAAGCCCCGGAGGAACAACAGGCGACAAGCCGUUGCGGAGUCGGAUCCUGUGGGGUCGAUUCAGAAGAACUCGACCCGGAAGGGUAGAUCUGCGAAGCAAACGAAUGAGACCAGCAAAGAGAACGACGGAGAACAGGAAUUACCGAGGAGAGGUAGGGUUUCGAGAAGUAAGAUAGCGGAGGAUGUCGCCGAGGAAGUGAAGUUUUUCGAGGAGAGAGAUGAGAAGAAGGUGAAUUCUAGGGUUACGAGGACUAAGAAGAACAAGGGUCUGGAAAAUUCAUGUUCUGAUGGAGAGAAAGUAGCAAUUGCUGAUGCGGUAAAAGAAGAGGAUGUUGGGGAAGAGAUGCAGGGGAAAAAGGGUAACUCAAGGGUUCGGAGAAGUAGGAACAUUGAUAAUACCCAAAGUUCUUGUUUGGAUUUAGGCAAAUUGGAAACGGAGAAUAUCGCGAAGGGAGUAGAGAAUUUGGAGGUAAAAGACGAGAAAAGAGUGAACCGUAGGGGUAUGAGGAGCAAGAAGAUUGAAAAUGCACAAAAUUCAUGUUCGGGAUUGGGGAAUGUUGAGAAUGCUGAUAUUGCAUCCGAAACUACAUUCGAGGUUUCAGAGAAGCAAGAUGGGAAUAGGGUGAAUUCAAGGGUUACCAGAAGCAAGAAGAACGAAAUUCCCGGAGAUUCAUACUUGGUGUUGGAGAUGGUUGAGAGCCAAGCCAGAAUAAAACGUGCAGGCAAGAAGAAAAAGGAAGAGAAGCUACUGGAGAGCGUUGAGUCAAAGCCUAUGAAAGACGAUAAGGUCACUGAUGCAGGGAAAGAGGGACGAAUCUCUACUGUUGAAGAAGGAAUGGAGAAUGAACAAGAUAUGGGUUUACGUGAAGAACAUUGUGACUUAAUUGAUAGGGAAAUAGACUGUAGGGCUGAGAGGGAUUCCCAUGAAGCAGUUGAUGACAAAUGUGAAGUGGAGGGAGCAGCGGGUUCUGGAGCUAAGCUAAUGCAGCGGGCGCAGGUAGUUAUAGAGAAGACUACAUUAGGAGAAGAGGGUGAAACCUGUACCAUCAAAGAAGAAAUAGAGGACUUGCGAGAUCUGGAUUUACCUGAAGAAUGCCAUGACACAAUUGACAAGGGGAGAGAUUAUGCAGAGGCUUGCAGUGAGGCAACUGGUGAUAGAUGUGAUGAGGAAAAGGGUACUAAGAUGUCUCAUGUUAAAAAUGUAGACCAGGUGGAUGUAGAUUUGGGGAAGAUGACACUAGGACAAUGGUUUGAUUUUCUGGAAGUUCACCUGCCAAAACAGAUAAUUGAAGAGACAGAGAAGAUGAUUGAGCCGAUGCGAAGCAAAAGUCAGAGAGUUUACGAGUAUAUUGUGGAGCAGAAGAAAGGCAAGGGGAAAAGGCCUGUGUGGGGUGAAUGAGAAAGUGCAUUCACUGGUAUGGACAGUUCACACCUAUCAUCAAGUAACCAUAAUGAAGCCUAGACCUGAGGUUUACAUUGUACAGAUGACAGACUCGAACUAGCAAUCUAUAUUCUCGACUCCUAAUGUAGCUCGCUUUCUGUUUGCUCAUCGAUAAUAUGAACUUUUUGUUUGAUCAAUCAGUUACUAAUGUAACUUGCAUUCCAUUGGCUCAAUGGUAAUGUGAGUUUUUUUCUUGAA